AUGACUGCACCGUCGCUACGCCAACAACGACCGUCGACGACGACGCCUCGCAGCGCCGACGCCGCGCAACGGUACGACCACGGCGACGGAGCGCGCAGGCGACCGCACCGCCGCCGGCGACCAACGACGCAAGCUGGCAGCACCGCAGCCGCCGCGCGACGGACGGCGCAGUCUCUGCAGCCGGACGCACGCGCCGCCGCCACCAACGACGCAGCUUGCAGCCGACGCCACGCCGCCGCCACCAACGACGCAAGCGUGCAGCCGACGCACCCCGCCCCACCAAGCGAAACGUUCGGUGACGUCAUCCGCGCCGACUUUCGCGAGGCGUAUCGAAAUCUGACGAUGAAGUCCGUCACGGCGCUGCACGUGGCGGCCAGCAGGUGUCGAGCAGCGCGCUUCGUCAUGAAGAUCGACACGGACACGUUUCUGAACGCGCCGAAGCUGCUGCGCUACUGCCGCGGCGCCGACGCCGUGCGAAACAUGUUCGGCUAUGCGCAGGUGCGUAAGCCGCCGAUACGCAACGCAGCGCACAAGUGGUACGUGUCGCAGCGCGAAUUCGACGGCGACGUGUUCCCGGACUACCUGUCCGGCACGGGAUACGUGAUGAGCGGCGACGUGCCGCCGCUGCUGUACGUCGCCUCGUUGACGACGCCGCUGCUAGCGAUGGAGGACGUCUACGUGAAUGGCAUGCUAGCAGAGACCGUUGGCGUGCCCAGGCGACACCACGCCGGCUUCGUCAUCGACAAUCGCUUUCAGUUUCGAACGCCGAAGAAGUACGUGACAAUACACCCGUGCACGCAGCAGCAGCUGCGAGAGGCCUGGAAGAGGUGCACGGGUGAAUGACGAGAGGGGGAAGGGGCAGCGUGAUUACACCUUAAUGAAGUUUACGUUUAUCCUUCGAGAUAUCUAUCAAUCCGUCCUACCUACUAGGGGAAAUGCUCCCCCACCUACCUACCUACUCGGGGAAAUGCUCCCCCACCUACCUAGUACCUACUAGGGCAAAUGCGCGCCUAACUUUCUGCACAACAAGACAAAUUCUCACACUGUAACUUCUUAAAUUACGAAGUACCAGUCAAAACAACAUUAAAACUAUUUAACGCGGUAAUCUCCCCAAUCCUAAUACAAGGUUGUGAAAUAUGGGGUUCAGAACUUCAGAUUAUUUAUCAAAAGUGUAUCAUCUAACAAGAAACCCUCCCGCGGAUAACGAUAAUAACAGAUUACAAAAGAAAUUUUCGAUGUGGAAUAGACUUCCAUUCGAAAUGCUACUAAAUAAAUUUUGUAAAUGGGUAUUAGGAACAAAUGGUAGAGCAUCAAAUGUCGGGGUCAAGUCCGAAUUCGGAGUGUUUUCAGAACUAAUCAAAAUUGUUAUACAAACGAUAAAGUUUUGGCAGCACGCAAAAGUUACUUCCCCGAACCCCCUUCUCAGAGAAGCGGUCAGUUUCUAUAAGACUACAACUUUGUCACAACCAAAAAAAAUUAUAAAUUGGAAUAACAUCAUUGAACUUAUUCUAAAACAAUAUGGUAAAAUCGGAUCAGCUGACGUUGGAAAUAAAAGAGUAAUAGGAAACAUCUAUAAUAUUAGUGCCCAAAUCAAAACACUAAUUCAAAAAGAAUAUGCCGAUAACUUUUUUAGUGACCUAAGAAACGAUAAUAGAACCCAUGGGGAGAAAUAAAUUGAGGUUCUUCAGAACAUUCAAAUCCAAAUACAAUCUAGAAGAUUACCUCAUCAGAAUAAAAUCAAAGCAGGCCAGGACGAUCAUAACAAAAAUAAGAAUCGGCGAUCACAAACUAAUGAUUGAACAAGGGCGUCACAAAUCGAUACCACCCGAACUAAGAAUUUGCAAAAUGUGUGGGAGAAUUGAAGUAGAGGACGAAAAUCAUUUCAUAUUUGACUGUACACUAUAUUCUAAUAUACGUAAUAAAUUUGACAAUAAAUUCUUAAAUUUCACGUUUUAUAGCAAAUCCUCCCUAAUUUGGCUAUUCACAGUAA